AUGGCACUUUUGCACAAAGCAUCAAAUGAGAAUUAUUUGUCUGGUGUGCAAAACAAGCUAAUGCUAAUAUUGGGCAAAAAAAAUGUGGUCUCCAAGGAUGUAACAGAUUUAUUGGAUCAUUUAUGUACUCUUUUUUUCGAUCUUAAAAGAAAGGGAGAUGUGUCAGUCAAUGCCCAGGAUGCUGUCAGUAUCAUGAUAGAUGUUUUAGAAAUUGUUAAACCAGAGGAAUCUCUAAAAGUUUCAAAAAUUUGUCAAAUAUGGGAACAAGUUUUACAACUUCCAAAUGUAAUCUUGUCUAAUCAGACAUCAGAGAAAUUGAUUGUUUGGACACUGCAAUCGGUCAGGGAUGAGAAUUCUUCUGUGUUGGCUGAUAUCCUCAGUUUUCUUGCUGUGGCAGUCAACUAUAAGGAGAUUAAACAAGCUAAAGAUCUAAAAAUAUUACUUGGUCCUUCUGGAUUUGUUAUAAAUAAGUUGAAUGAAGAUCGACAAGUCAAUAAUCUAACAGUACUCAUACUGAAAGUUCUCUGCAACUUUACCUACUGCUCAGGUGAAAAAGACUGGUCAACUAUUUCUAAAGAUUUAGUUGAAGCAUGUAUCAUACAAUUCAUCAAAAUUCAGGAACAACAAUUAAAUUCUGAUCCAAGCAAUUUUAAUAUUCUAAGGGUUCUCAUCCUGUGUUUUUAUGGGUUGGAAAACAUAUUUGUCCGGUUUACCACCUCAACUGCACCCCAUUUGGAAACUAUUUUUGGUUUGGCACGAUACUAUAUGCUAUUCGGCAUCGCUGGUCAGCCUCUAAAAUAUGCUCCAAUCCGCCCAUCAUCUCUACCAUUUGUGGAACUUCCAUUGAAGUGUGAUCAAACAAAGAAUCCCAAAGUGAGAAAGAAACGCCCUCCUAGCAAAGUACAAUCCAAGAAUCGAAAUCAAGAUAGCCACAGCGAGGAAAUUGGUAUCGAACCACAUCUCCAAACAAAAAAUAAAACCUGGGCAAAAAACAGCAUCUCUAUUAGUAGUUCAGAUUCGGAACUAUCGGAUUCAGAUGUACAGUCUUAUCAAAGACUGAAAGAAACUCAGGGAAAGGUCCGUUCGAGCGCGCUAAAAAUGUUGUCUGCUGCCUUCAAGUUUUGCGACCAGCGUUCCGUAAUGGGGUAUUGGUCAGCCUUUUUACCUGAUUCGUCUCAAGGGCAAGUUUACCGCCAUUCACUGGUUACCCCAAUACUAAAGGAUUGCUCAGUCAAAGUCCGUUGCAGCGCUUUAGUUGCGUUGUCGUCGCUACUGCAAGCUAUCCAGCCGACAUUAGCCAUGGCUUCAUAUCAGGAAACCAGAACGGGUUCUUUUAUUCCCUUAAGCCACACGCUUGCAGAAACGAUUAUAGCGGUGCAACGUUCUUUAGUACUCUCAGUGAGUGCGGAACAAUCUGCUAGUGCGCUCAUUCAGAUUUUGAAAUGCCUGGCGGUAGCAGCCACCGUUUUUCCGUACGAGAAGCUACCAAUGGAAUUGGUUUCAAAAACCAUCCAGCAGUGUACCCCUUUCUUAGAUAACAAAGAUCCAGACGUUAAGGUUGCUUGCUUAUCGGUUCUUCGGAUAUUGCUUUGUGCUCGUUCUGCCAAUCCACAAAUCGUCCAGAUGUUCAAUGAAGAAAAAACGGGAAAAUGCUGGUUGCUUGAGCAUUGCUUAACCUUGAUUGAUGGCCAAUCAGGGUUCCCAUUAACAUUAGAGAGUCUGUUAGUAAUUGGUGAGGUGACACGUUCUAAUAUUCGUGUUGCCCAGCCGUAUUUUCAACACAUUGUACGCUCAAUUUGUCACAAGCUGUUGACUGAUCAGGACUCUGGCAUCCAAAUCCGCUGUGCUAAAGCGCUAGCUCUUGUUGGUGCCAGUAUUUUGCAAGAAAUGGAAAAGGAAGAUUCAGAUCAGUUCAUUUCACGCGAUGAAGCUGUCCAACUUUGGAUUUACAUAAUUCGUCAUGGUCUUGCUAACAUAUUGCAAGCCGCAUCCGUUCCCCCGCUCAAAGCUGAAGCCUGUGCUGCUCUCGCCACAGUUGGGUCACAGAUAUUCGAGUGCUUACCACGAGAACUGAGAAUUCUUUUUGUAACCUUGGCCUUGGGAUGCGCGACCGAUGGAGAUGCAAGUGUCAGAGCGGCUUCCAUACGAACCCUUGGCUUCUCGGUCACAUUUAAUACACUUAAUGAUGAUGCAUCGUUUUUGUUGGAUAGCUCGGAAAAGAUCCUACCUUUGCUCUUAGACGGUAACCUCCUUGUGGCAUUGAAUGCAAGUUGGGCCCUAGGCAAUUUAGCAGACACAUUAGAUAAAGACCAAAACUCUUUACUAGAAGAAAUGCCCCGAGACUUUUUGAUUAAUCUAAUUAAGGCUGCCGUCCAUGCAGCGCAAGGACCUAUGAAGGUUCGAUGCAAUGGAAUACGUGCCCUUGGAAUUUUCGUGAAAAUCAUACCAGAUGUUCCGAGUCAAGGAAGUGAGACAGCCAUUUUACUGGAUCAGGCGAUAUCAGUUAUUGCAAAACAAGCGACGAUAGGAAACUUUAUGAAAAACCGUUGGAAUGCCUGCUACGCUUGCGGAAAUAUUUUGCAGAAUAUAAAGUUACUCACAGCAUUCUCCCAUUGGAUGGAUAAAUUAGUUGAGAGUCUUCUCAUCGUUUUUCGAAGCUGUGCUAAUUUUAAAGUCAGAAUCUCUGCCGCCAACGCUAUGCUGAAUGUGAAACAUCGGGAACUUUUAUCGCAUCACUAUAUCCGUAUUUGGUUUACACUGCUCGAUUCACUGGCUAACUCGGAACACAUUGAUGAUUUUUCUGAGUUUCAGCACCAUGAAACGAUGUGUCGCCAGAUUUGCAACGCUCUGUGCAAACUCAUGACGCUGAUUACAAAAGACGACCUUAGUCAACUGCAGGAAGCUGUGAUGAAAUACUAUGAUGUUUUUUCAGCCCAGUUUAGUAAAUUUCUAAAAUCAUUAUUGCCGGAGCAGUUAGAGCUGGUAAUAGAGGCGUCUGAAUACAUACGACAGUUGGGUCAACCAGUUGGUUCACUUACACAGAGCCAGAAAUCAGCUGUAGAAUUGUUCCAAGAACUAUUGAUAAUUCCAGGCUGAUUACUUGUGCUUGAGAUUUCCUAAGACUUUUCAAUAAAGGUCAAAUUUUCAAACUG